CUUAUGGAUAAAAUUAAUCAAUUGUCUGCAGAGAUUGAUUUAGCUCGUUGUCGAGCACAAUGGUCAACAUGUCUCGAAUUAACUAAAAAAUUAAAGAAACUCAGACCCGAGGAUUCAGUCAUGGAAAUCACCAUUCAAACAGAAAUUGACUUGAUUCAACUCUCAAAACCAGAAAGAAAAUGCAGUGAUAUGUUACAUGGUGAGGAUACCAUCCAUUCGAAUUUACCAGCACCUCCUUUUCACCCAACAAAAGUAGCUUAUUUAAUCCAAAGACUGGAUUUUAUUCAGCAAGACAAUAACAAUGACCUGACAAAUACAGAUCAUUGGCAAAUUCAGUUUUCAAAAAUCCUGCUGGCAAGGAUUUAUUAUGAAUCAGGUCAGUACACACUGGCCUUGGAGCAAUUACAAAAUCUGGCGUUAAAAAUGGAGGACGUACAACAGGGUUAUGGUUUAGUAUUAUUAGUAGAGGCAAGAACCAUCAAGGGAAUGUGUUUUGAAUGGUUAGACGAUCUUCCAUCUGCUUUGGCUUCCUAUCAUGCUGCUUGGCUCGCAGUUGAAUCUCAGCCGCAGGAAAGAAGCAUCAUGCUCUCCUUUUGGAUCGAACAAUGUCUCUACCGUGCCUGUCUCUUGAAACUUCGCUCAAAUUGUGCGGUGAGUGACACAUUGGAAAGUAUGCGUGCGUAUGUCCAGCUAGCUUCGUCGCAUUGGAGCCCUCAUUGGCGUAUGAUUAAACGAUGGGUGAUUUUCAAACACUAUGCCAAUUACUUGGUACAGACGCACAAAAACAAUUCAUUUGUACCAUCCACGAGCGCUGCUACUGUCUAUGAGGAACUUUCGAUUCUCAUGAACCUGUAUCGACAUUUAUUUACUACGCUAUCUCCCUUUUUAAAACCCGUGGCGCAAGGUGAAUACGGUCUCGCUUUAGCAAAAAUGAUCAUGGAAGGGCAUGAUAUUACUGGUUGGGGAGAGACCAACCAUAUCCGUCGCGUACUUCAAUUUCUGUAUGGUGUAAAGAAUGCUACGUUCAAUCAUGCCACCGUUAACCGUUACAUCUUUUUCACACUGUUAAGACUGGGUAGUUUGGAAGAAGCAAAACAUGCUUUACGUGCUUACCUGGAUCUUAUGGGUGUACCCGACUUUGAUACGGAUUUUGUACUGGAUGAUGCGAUGGAUGAGACAUUAAAUCCGCACCCAAAGGAUCAUGUCACCGAUCAAACCCCCCAUAUCACCACGGUUUCUAAAGCAACCCAUAUCCUUCAACGCCUCUCUUCUCAUGAACCUCUUCAUGCUGUGAUUCAUGUAUUGUUAGCAGGUAUUCAAUUAUACGGUGAUGAAGAGCAGAACGGAGUACUGGCGGCAUAUUUAUCUGAUUUGGCGCUUGAUCUUUUACUGAUGACAUCGGAAAGUAGUAGUGAUACAAGAUUAGAUGAAGUGUAUCGUGCACGAGGGUCUUCGUAUGGAUUAAUUGCAGCACAAUCUGUCGACCCAGAGAGUCGAGCCAGACAUCAUGAAAAGGCGCUGGAAUCCUUUUCAAAAGCGGUCCAGAUGGGACCCCUGUGUUGGAAAAAUCAUUAUUGUCGUGGGUUACAACAGGCUGUGGUACGUGAUACGCAUGCAGCCAUUCAGUCUUUAACGAGGUCUAUUGAACUUUACCCACGCCAUGUUGAUGGAUGGCAUGUAUUAGCGCUUUUAUAUUCGUGCCGAAGAACCAAUGAUUUAAAUAAGGCACGUAAGACGUUGGAGGCAGGUGUUUUACAAUCGACUUUGAUCUCGAUGUCGGCGCAAGGUAUACCGGUGUAUUCCUGGACAGGUGAAGUCAAUGCAAACGGGUUGUAUGAACAAGCUGCUUCGUAUUUAUCGAUUCGGAUGAGUUUAUUGGCGUUGGGAGAAGCAACGCAUGGUCCGGAACAUGUCCUAGAUGCUUAUGAAGGCUUGUUUGGAAAUUAUACACAAUUGACACAACAGUUGGGUAUUUCCUUUAAAGAGGAGGAAGAGGAGGAGGGGGAAAGCGUAAUAGUAGAGAAACAAAAGAGAUCUUCUCCAUUGAUUCGUCGUACUUCUUCAAGUACACAAAGUACAGCAAGUACAAUACAAAAUCGACGUCGAUCUUCUUCCGUUGAAAGUCGAGUGAAAAAGGAUUCAGAUAGUUUAUCAAGACGUCCAUCACAACAGCAGGGUCCUGUUUUAAUGCAUCGGUCCAGUAGUACUUUGGAUUCCAGUGAAAUUAAGAAACGACAGAUACAAUUGAUAGAUUUGGGUUUAGCAAAACGGAUCGGUUCAUCCACGACAGCAUCACCUCUUUCAAGAAAAGGCAGUGAACGGUCUUUGGUGACAAAUGCAUCGGCAGUAUCCUUGGCCUCUCUUUUAAAACCUUCGUAUUCAAUGGGUAGUUUAAGAAGCAGUAGUAUCAGUAGUUCAUUUAGUCAUAGUAGCAAAGGAGGAAAGAAUGCCACGAAAAAGGGUCCCUUAUUUUCACAUUUGCAUCAUCAUCAAGCGUUUGAAAAUCGACAAAAGACAAAAUGGCAAAGUCAGUUAGUGAACCUAUGGAUCAUGUCUACCGAGACCUUUAUGAAGGCGGGAUUAUUUGAAGAAGCGUACAAGGCGUUAAGUGAAGCGGAAGAAUUGGGAUUAGGUGAUCCUGGGGUAUGGUAUCAAUUGGGUCGACUUUCUUUAAAAGCCAAAACGCUUUUAAAAGAAGGUAAAGCGACAGAAGAAUUAAACAGGGUGGCCAAAGACGCGUUUGAAAAGGCGCUUGUGUUGGAUCAACAUCAUGUGCCUAGUCAAAUUGCCAAGGCAAAGAUGUACAUGGUGGAAGGAGAGUAUGGAUUGGCGGAUGGACUGUUUCAAGAGAUUACACGUGGGUUUGGAUGGGAUGAUGCUGAGGCUUGGUUUGAAUAUGGACAGUUGAUGAAAAUGAAGGGUCAGUUACUUGAUGCCAAGUCGUGUUUCUUGUUUGCUUUGGAAUUACAUGAUACUCAAGCUGUUCGAAAUUUGAAAUCUUUUAAAACGUUUGUUUAUUAGUGUCUUUUAUCAAUAAACAAUCUUAGUUUUGUAUCUGCA